UCAUACAAAUGUAAACUAACCUACUAGAAUUAGGAACUUCAUUUCAAAGUACAACCAGAAAGAUUCGGAAACCUUGAACUGGGAUUAUUAAAUUUGGUGGUGAAAGCAAAUGGGUUUCAAAUUAUGCAAUUUUUAAUCAUUAUUUGAAUAUUUUUCCUGGGAAUGCGAGAAAUUUUCAGCAAACAGUAUUAUUACAGAUAUUGAUGUUUUAACCAAAAUAAACGAAAUUUGGUAGAUACUUAGAAGAAUUUAUUUCAAUUUUAAUUAAAACUUAAAGAAAUGGCCUCUCAGUGGGAAGACUUUUAUGCUACUCACCUACCACCAUCAGACUUCGAAGACAAUAGGUCCUUACUCAAAGAAUUCUGUGAAAGGCACAACAAAUCUGGUCGAAGGAUUGUUCUUGUUACAUCUGGCGGCACCACUAUACCCCUAGAACAUAACACAGUACGAUUUGUCGACAAUUUCAGUGCAGGCACUAGAGGAGCAGCAUCAACAGAGUACUUUUUGGAACAUGAUUAUUCCGUUAUAUUCUUAUACAGAGCGAAGAGUCUAGAACCGUUUACUAGACAUUUCAACGGCCAAAAAUUUAUGGAUAUGUUACUUAUCCAAAACAGCGGUCCAAAUACAACCAUAUCAGUAAAACCAGAUAACGUAGAUGUACUAGCACCCAUUCUUGAAAGUUACAAGACUGUUCAAGAAGGGGGGAGGAUAUUAUACAUCACUUUUACAACUUUGUCCGACUACUUCUGGCUGUUGAGAGCAGCGUGUGAAUGUUUGACAAUAUUUGGCAACAGGGCCUUGUUGUAUUUAGCUGCAGCUGUUUCAGAUUUUUAUAUUCCUUCAAGUGAAAUUCCUACUCACAAAAUCCAGUCUGCUGCUGGUGUUCCAAAUAUCCAACUACAACUAGUGCCAAAGAUGUUAGCACCUCUAGUUAGCCUAUGGGUACCUCAUGCCUAUGUGGUAUCCUUCAAGUUGGAAACUGAUGAAAAUAUUUUAAUUAGGAAAGCCAGGGAAGCCUUGAAUAAGUAUAAACAUAAGCUAGUGAUAGGUAACAUGUUACAAACCAGAAGACAGAAAGUCGUGUUUGUCACACAUGAUAACAGUUACGAGUGUAUGCUAACAAGAGAGCAGAUGUUAAGCGGACUGGAGAUAGAAGAUUUGAUCGUCUCGAAUUGCAUCGCCUGUCACGAUCAAUUUGUGAGUUCCUGAAGAUGGGAGGGGCGUCCAAUGUAUGUAGUAGGUUUUAAAGAGAUGAAUUAGAUGGUAUCGGUGUAACCAGAAUGGAGGAAUCCGAAUAAUCAUAUCAGGGUAAAAACUAUUUAUAAUGUGAAAUGAAAAACAGAGGCAUUUAUUAUUGUAUAAGUAUAUUGAUGAUGUUGGUCCUUAUGUGUGGAAAUAUAUAUUCCUUUUUUAUCGUAA